ACAGGUGGAGCGCGCGGCCUCCGGCACUCGGCCAUGUCCGCUGAUGUCUCCGGGUCGGAGUCUGGGUCGGAGUCCCCCGAGUCAGAGCCCGGACCGGAGCCAAGACCGAAGCCAGGAUCCGGGCCUGAGCCGGAGCCAGGGCCGGGGCCGGGGCCGGGGCCAAGACCCGAACUAGGGCGGGAAUCGAGGCAGGGGUCCGAGCCGAGCCAGUUGUGCCCCGAGCACUGCGAGCCUCUGAGCUGGUUCUGCCUCUCGGAGCGGCGGCCGGUAUGCGCCACCUGCGCCGGGUUUGGCGGCCGCUGUCACCGGCACCGCAUCCGCCGGGCCGAGGAGCACGCCGAGAAGCUGAGAAACAAGAUUGUGGACCAGUGUGAGAGACUGCAGUUACAGAGUGCUGGCAUCACCAAGUAUGUGGCCGAGGUCCUGGAAGGGAAGAACCAGAAAGCAGUGAUGAUGGCUAGUGCAGCAAGGGAACUGGUCAUCCAGAGGUUGAGUCUGGUGAGGAGCCUGUGUGAGAGUGAGGAACAGCGAUUACUGGAGCAGGUGCACGAGGAGGAGGAGCGGGCCCACCAGAGUAUCCUGACUCAGCGAGUGCACUGGGCUGACGCACUCCAGAAGCUGGACACCCUCCGCAACAGCAUGGUGGACAUGCUCACCCACCUGAAUGACCUCCAGCUGAUUCAGAAGGAGCAGGAGAUUUUUGAGAGGGCCGAGGAAGCAGAGGGCAUUUUGGAACCCCAGGAUUCGGAGAAAUUAAGCUUUAAUGAGAAGUGUACUUGGAGCCCACUACUGACUCAACUGUGGGCAACAUCGGUUCUCGGGUCUCUCUCAGGCAUGGAGGAGGUGCUUAUCGAUGAAAGGACUGUCAGCCCCUUAUUGCAUCUGUCUGAAGAUCGAAGGACCCUGGCCUUCAAUGCCAAGAAGUCCAAGGCCUGCUCAGAUGACCCAGAGCGCUUUGACUACUGGCCCAAUGCCCUUGCUGCCACUGCCUUCCAGACUGGGCUCCAUGCCUGGAUAGUGAACGUUAAACACAGUUGUGCUUAUAAAGUGGGUGUGGCCUCAGCUCAGCUUCCCCGAAAGGGUCCUGGCAAUGAUUGCCGCCUGGGCCACAAUGCCUUCUCCUGGGUCUUCUCCCGCUAUGAUCAAGAGUUCUGUUUCUCACACAAUGGGCAGCAUGAGCCUCUGGCACUACUUCGGUGCCCAGCACAGCUGGGCAUACUGCUGGACCUGCAGGCAGGAGAGCUUGUCUUCUACGAUCCUAUCUCAGGGACGGUGCUUCACAUCUACCGUGGGUCCUUCCCUGAGAGGCUCUUCCCAGUCUUUGCUGUGGCUGACCAUAUAAUCUCCAUCCUUCGCUGACCUCUGGCCACAGUGAAGCCAGAUCCACCUCCCCAUCACCCUUGCAGAUCAGGUCAUGCUUCUAGCUAGUGUCCUUUUCCUUGAUGAUAUGAGUAGUGUUCCCCAUGGGCAACUUUUGGAGAGAUGGAGAUCUGCUUCGGACUCAGACAUAACCCUUUUGAUGUUGGUCAUCUGUGGGGAUCCUGUUUCUUCUCUCUUGGCCUUAGUCUCCCAAACCCACCAUGCUUGUGACCUUCCAAGGGUCUCAUUAACCUGUGUCUCUGGCAUCCAGCAUGGUACCUUGUGUAUGGCUAGUAUACCAGCAAGGUAUAGUGAUGGAGCAAAUGGUUAAACAGGCAGGUGACCAGUGGUGUAGCAGUUUCUGGAGAAGCACUGCAGUCCCUGAAAAUGCCUUGCUGCAGAGAAGCUUGUACUGAACCUUCCCUAGCCUCUCAGUUCAGUAUUUCUUGGUCUUUUUCAUGAUACACCAUGUGAAGAGAGUAUUUUUCUAGCAUACAAAGGACACCCUGUCAGGCUACUGUUGGCCAGAACACUGUUGAGGGAGUGUGGUCCCCUCCUCCCACAUUCUGUCAAGGCAUCAGUACCCCAUCUCCAGGAAACCUGCUUGUAGCACACUGGUUGGCAUCCAUCCCAGGCCAUGAGGCUGAGCCCUAGCAUAGACCUACAUGUGAGAAGGGUGAUAAACAUCCGCCCUCACUGUGCUGGUGAGCACCCCAUUUCAUGACUCUUUCCUUAGGGUGGAGACCUACCUGGGUGGAGCUGCAAGCAAAAAGAGCAGAGGGGAAAGGAGGGCUAGCCUUAAUAAAUGAAUGUGAGCGUUAUUAAAGGUUUCUAAAGACUUGA